AUGGUAGUGUUAAACACGACGGUUAUAUUCCAAGGUCUGUUAGUGGCGCAGGUGUAUGCGGAGCCUCUCUUCGCCGAGGCUGUGCCCUCAAUGUCGUCAACUAUUUGCUGCGUGAUCUUCACGUUAGUGACCAUUAUGGCUGGAUUUAUUGGAUCCUUCUUAAUUGAGCGGUUGGGGAGACGGCUGUUAAUGAUCUACGCUUCCUUUUGUACUGGUGUAUGCUGCGUGAUUCUGGGUACCCAAAUUCAGCUGCACUGGGGCCCGCACUGGGUCACCGCAAUGUUCAUGUACAUAUUCGGCUUGACUUUCACGUGCGGAGCUGGGACCGUUCCCUGCGUGUUGGUUGCAGAGAUAUUCUUACCAGAGGUUAGUAAACAUUGA